AGGCGGCCCAGGCGCCCCAAGGCGAGUUCGAAGCAGUCGUCGCGAUGUGGCCACGUCGGCUCAAAGCAGCGAUGGAGCUCGCCAACAGGCCGACAGAUUUAGCGCCAUUGCGUUAACGAACAUCUACGAGACACAGGGACGUGGCGGCGGCGGUGGCGGGGCGGCGGCGGCGGCGGCCAGGGAAGGGAAAGACGAAAGUUGGACCGACCGCAGUGCGGCACUCCGCCGGCGGAGGGGCACCUCGCCCGGCGCCCUGAUUCAGGCAAGGCCCUAGGGGCCCGAACGCAGCUAGGCCGCGAGGGCGGUCCAAAAAAAAAAAAAAUUUUUGGACACAAAUUUCUUUGCGUUUUGAGGCGAUUGAACAAAAAUAACGCAGACUCAGUCGUGAGCAUUCGUCGCCAACAACUGAGAGCAAGCCCGGCGCGAUGGAGUCGGCGAAGGUGAAGCUUCCUCGUCGCAAAUGGGAGGUGUUCCCGGGAAGAAACAGAUUUUGCUGCAAUGGGCGCAUCAUGAUGGCAAGGCAGUCGGGCGUUUUCUACCUGACUCUGGCUCUCAUCACCAUCACCAGCGGCCUCUUCUUCGCCUUUGAUUGCCCGUUCCUGGCGGAGAACCUGAACCCCGCGGUGCCGGCGGUCGGCGCGGCCCUCUUCAUCUUCGUCAUGUGCAGCCUCCUGCGCACGAGCUUCAGCGACCCCGGCGUCCUGCCCCGAGCGGCCGCAGACGAAGCGGCCGACCUGGAGAAGCAGAUCCUCGGCUCGGACGAGGUGGCGAACGGCGGCAACGCAAACAACUACCGGCCGCCCCCGCGCAUGAAGGAGGUGAAAAUCAACGGGCAGAACGUGAAGCUCAAGUACUGCCUCACGUGCAAGAUAUUCCGCCCGCCGCGAGCCUCCCACUGUAGCCUCUGCGACAACUGCGUGGAGCACUUCGACCACCACUGCCCCUGGGUGGGCAACUGCGUCGGCAAGAGGAACUACAGAUUCUUCUACAUGUUCGUCCUCUCCCUGUCGCUCCUCACCGUCUACAUCUUCGCGUUCAUCAUCGUGCACAUAGCCCUGCUGUCUCAACGUGACGGCUUUCUGAACGCCCUCAAGGACAGCCCUGCGAGUGUGCUGGAAGCGGUCGUCUGUUUCUUCUCCGUGUGGUCGAUCAUCGGACUGUCGGGGUUCCACACCUACCUGGUGGCCUCUAACCAGACCACCAACGAGGACAUCAAGGGCUCGUGGUCGAGCAAGCGAGGGAAGGAUGUCUACAACCCGUUCAGCCACGGCAACGUCUUCUCCAACUGCUGCGCCGUGCUGUGCGGCCCCCUGCCUCCCAGCUUAAUUGACCGGCGAGGAGAGAUCGAGGAGGACGCCUUGAAGACGGUCGCCGUUCACAACGGCCUCAACACCUCGGGCUCCUCGAGCUCCCAGCCUAUGUGCGACCAAGACCAGUGCCUCCAGAACAGCAAGCUGAUGUUCCAGGCGGCCGCCACUCCGCUGCUGCAGAUGGACCACAAGGGGGCCGCGCCGGGCGCCGGCGGCAAGGGAAGCGGCGGCGGCGCCGUCAGGGAGCCGCGCCGCCGCGCUUCCUCGGCGGGCCGCGCCCCCGCGGGGCUGGCGCUCUGCGCCACCGUGGGCUCCAUGGAGGAGGAGAUGGCCUACGCGCCCGCGGGCGCCGGAAACCCGGCCGAUGCCGCGCCGGCCUCGGCCGCCCCGCCCGCCCCAUCUGACCCCGCUGCGGCCGCGGCGUCGGCGGCAGGGGGGGCCGACCCGGCGAGGAAGCCGGGGGGGGAGGCGGGUAGCGAGCGCCGGCGCGGGGAGCCGGGCCCCGGCGACGGCGCGUCCGGCCCGCCGGCGUCGCGGAAGGCCGAGCGGCCGGCGAGGACGGCGUCGCGCCGCCUGCGCCUCGAGGAGUCGAUGAAGUUCCCGAUGAUCGACGACGACGACGAGGAGGAGGAGGACGGGGAGGACGGCGAGGAGGGGGAUGAGGAGGGGGAGGGGGAGGCGGGGGGGGGGCGGCGAGGCGACGCCGGGGGGCGGCGGCCCCUGCCCCCGGGCCUGGUGGCGAUGCCCAUGAGCCCCAUGGUGGUGCACCACAGCCACACGGUGCACACCCUCAACCCGGCGACACACGAGAUGCUGCAGGAGGUGUCCGCCCGUGGGCUCGUCAAGCUCAGCUCGGUGUGACCGGUGGGAGAGGUGGCGAGCGCUCCCUCCGCUCGGCGUGACGUCACGGGAGGGGCGUGACGUCACGGGAGGAGCGUGACGUCACGGGAGGGGCGUGACGUCACGGGAGGGGCGUGACGUCACGGGAGGAGCGUGACGUCACGGGAGGAGCGUGACGUCACGGGAGGAGCGUGACGUCACUCCUCCUGUGUGUGUGCGCGCUCGCCCCCGAACGCCGCUCCCGUGUCCGUCUCCGAUGCUGUCGGUGUGUUUGUGAAUGUCCCUGUCGUCUCAUUUUUUCCGGUCCACUCUUGUCCCAUCCCUUGCCCCCCCCCCCCCCCCCCCCCCCCGUACGCUGGUCUCGUUCUCUCUCGCCCCCUUGUCUCUCAUCCUUGUUGUCCCUGUGCUCUCCGUGUCCUGCCGUCAUUCCGAGCACCCUUCGUUGUCUGCCUCCUCCACCGUUGCUCCGUCCCCUCGUUCGCUCGUACCCCGUGUCUGUCCCUCCCCCUCUCAUCUCUUUUUGUUUCGUGGCUUUUCCCAUCCUCGGUGUCCUCUCCCGUCGUCCGAAUCUCUCUCCCUGCCGUCGUCCUCCCGUCUCAUCCCCUCCCCAUCCCCUCCUCCUCCUCCUCACCCCCUCCUCGUCAGCGUCGUCGUCCCCACACUGGCCACCCCGGUGCGUUCCGCGUCGAUGGGCGUGCGAGCGCGCGCGAGAGAGGGAGAUUGAAAACGGCCCCGUCGACAUGAACACGUGCCGAGGAGAAGGGGUCAAGAGAGAUGCUGCUUCUGCGACCCGUGUCUCCGCGGAGGUUAAAAGGGAAAAACCGACGACGAUGACGGCGAAGGACAAAAAAAAAUCCCGGCCGCACUUUUCCACUUGAGGACGUGUCCGUGGCAAGCGGACAAAAAAAACGUCUCGGAAAUGUUUUAUAAACAAGGUGGUCUUCAUUGUAGUUCCUCGUACGUGUCGCACAGCUGCUGCUGUUAACAACACACGUGACGGCUGCCUCUACGUUGGAUUUUUUUUUUAUAGGGCCCAGGCUUGCGAUCGGCCGUUUGGUCUCUUCUGUAUUAAUCGCAGGGAGAUCCCCUUUGCUCCCCCGGUGGACACUUGUCGCCACGAACACCACCACACACACUUACACACAACACGCACACACAAACACGCUUACACACACGCACACACAUACAUAAAAACACGUUUGCGCACACACGCACACAAACAUGCACACACGCACACAAACACACACACGCACACAAACACACACAUGCACGCGCACACACGUGCACAAACACACACGCACACGCACACACGCACGCACAUGCACACACGCACACACACAAACACGCACGCACACACGCGCACACACAAACACGCAAGGAGAGAAACCGGACCCCGGUCGACGAUUGGUAGCGAUGCGUUGUCAAAUCCCCCCCCCUCCCCACCCCCCUUCACCCCCCACUACCCCCCCAUCUCCCCCCCCCCCGGCCCCACGCGAACUCUCAUUCUCUCGCUGAACAUUUUCUACGAACGCUUCGACGCGACGGAGAAAACCUGGAGAUGUUUGGCGGCAACGGCUCCCUGUUGAAGCAACAACAACAAGCAACAACAACAACAACAAAGCUCUCGGACAACUGCACGCCCCGGGGAAAAUCCACGAGUCUAGAGGCGCUCGAUAGCGCCGACACGGAAAAAUGAAUCUAACCGUGGAUUUUAAUAUUCGCACAACACCCCCCCCCCACCCCCUCCAUCAUCGCCCACCCGCACAAAGAGGAAGAGAGAGACGGCACGGACAGAUCUACCGAGGGACGCUGCUGACGACGGUGUCCGUGCGGGAGGGUGCUGCCCGCGCUUGCGACGGCGAUCGUGGUCAUCUGGAGUUGUUCCCCCCCCCCCACUCGCUCCGUGCUGCCACGGUUGCCGCCACCGCCCGCAAGCAUUCGUCCACCCAAGCGGCACACGCGCGCCCUUUGGGAGCGACGGGCGCGACGGGGACCCGCUGGGUCAGUCGGAACGCGUCGACAAAACGCCGGGACGAUUGCCACGCCGCCCUUCUUGGGCGUUCUUCGAGAUCCCUCGUCGCGUCGUCGGGAACUUUUAGGGAAGACGACGCGACGCCUCCGAUGAGAAGUUACAGUCUCGGAACUAAUCUCCUUUUUUUUUUCUACUCCGAAGUAUCGCUGACGAUUCGUUUUUUUUAAAUAAGAACACUCCGGUUCGAGUUUCUCGCCGCCGUAGACUCGCGCGGAAUGGCUUCCGCCAAGUCGGCGCGCGUAUGCUGACCUCACCAGGGUCAUGGAGAGCCUCGUCUUGUGAGUGGAGGUGAAAAGGCGUUGAGGCCGUGGGUCAGCGUUGAGGCCGAUUGGAUCUUCUGCAAUUCUGCGGUCCAGCGAGAAAUGAUUUAAGUCGGUCGAUUCAAAUGUCAUUUCCACCUCCAAGCCAGCAGGGGGCCGUGGCCAUCUUGAGUGGAGAGCAACCGCCACCAACCGACGCCUGGGCUCGACGCGUGACGCAGCCUGCCACUGUGACGUCACGCCGCGUCGUGUGGUGGUCACGUGGCCUCGACGGCUGCCCACGUAAAUGUUGUCACGCGGCCGUUGGCGGUUGGUGGCGAAAUCGACUCCCUGUCGCCGGUUGGAAUCCACAUCUGAUUGUUGUUAUUUGCGUUCUUGAUUUUUCUAUCAUCAUCAUCAUCAUUCUGUGAGUUCUUUUGGUAAAGUCACGUAGGUAAAAAAUGAAAUUAAAAUU